CGAAUCAGCUGUGCCGACUGCAAUAUUGGCAACACUGCACCACAAGCAAACAAUCUUUAAAUAUUUCUAUCUUUGCUUUUAAAAUAUCAAAAUGGAGCCGCCCUAUGCGCCUUUAAGUGAGUCCUGUGCCAAGGCGCUGGGCGACAAGGUGUACGACAAAAGGAAAGUCGCCUCACAGGAGAUUGAAAAAAUGGUUAUCGAGUUUAACAAUAAAAACAAUGCUGGGCAAAUAAGGAAACUAAUUGAGGUGUUGUCCAAUGAUUAUGCCACAUCACGCGAUGCAAAUCGCCGUAAAGGUGCUCUCAUCGGCCUGGCUGCUACGGGUUUGGGGCUGGGCAAGGAUUCCGAUAAAUAUGUCAAUGAGCUGGUGACGCCCAUUAUGAAUCUCCUCUCCGAUCCGGACUUACGUGUGCGCUACUUUGCCUGUGAAUCUCUUUAUAAUGUUGUUAAGGUGGCACGAUCGGCUAUCAUACCAUUCUUUCCGGAAAUGUUUGCUGCUCUCUCCCGACUUGUCACCGAUUCCGAUCAGAUGGUGAAAGACGGCAGCGAAUUGUUGGAUCGCCUGCUAAAGGACAUUGUUACGGAAUCUUAUGAGACCUUCAACCUGGAGGCAUUUAUACCUCUGCUCCGGGAGCGUAUGUACGUGAAGAACGCGUUUACGCGUCAAUAUGUCAUCUCAUGGAUAUCCAUUUUGAAUGCUGUGCCUGAUAUCAACAUGGUCAACUAUCUGACCGAAAUUCUAGAUGGUCUGUUUGUUAUGCUCGAGGAUAAUACGCCCGAGAUCCAGCGCAUGUGUGAGAAUACAAUUAGCCAGUUUUUAAAGUCCAUACGGAACGAUUCCUCCUCGGUACGGAUGGAGGACACCAUCAACACGCUUAUCACGCAUGCACAGUCGCUCAACGAGCUUAUCAAAUCCAUUGCUAUUUCCUGGAUACGGGAAUUCGUGCAAAUAUUUGGUCCAAAUGUUUUGCCGUACGCCAGCGGAAUAUUCACAGCUAUUUUGCCCUGCCUGGAGUACAAUGUAGAGUCCAAGCGCAGCAUUAAGGAAUGCGCUGUCUCCGUGAAUAACUCAAUGAUGCAGCUUGUCUCAUCAAAGGAACUUAAGACGCAAAAUGUGGCCAAAAUAGAUUUGCGUUCAAUCAUGGAGGUGCUUUCCCAGUAUCUCACACACAACUCGAUGCACACGAAGAUCGCUGUGCUCAAAUGGAUUCAUCAUCUCUUUACCAACUUCCCCAAUGAAAUGUCAGUGCAUGCCAGCAAUUUAAAUAAUAAUCUACUGUUAACACUCGCUGAUAACUCUGAUGAGGUCGUCCUACAAAGUCUUUGCGUGCUGGCUGAAAUAAUCAACUCACAGGAUACAAAAGAUCUCGAUGACUUUAACAAGACGCAUUAUCGUAAGUUUCUGCUGAGCUUACUGACUCUAUUUAGCGAAGAAAAACUGAUAUUGGAAAACAGAGCUAGCCUCAUUAUAAGGCAACUUUGUGUAUUGCUUAAUGCCGAGUACAUUUAUCGCACAUUUGCUGAGAUCAUAGCCGAAGAAAUCUUAAGCUUGAAGUUUGCCUCGACAGUCGUACGUUUGCUAAACAUUAUUCUGCUUACCUCAACGGAACUGUUUGAAUUGCGCACCAGCUUACGGGAUAUUUCUAAUGAAAAGUCGGCCGAUUUAUUUCAGUGCCUUUAUAAGAGUUGGGUUCACUGUCCAGUAUCCACGCUAUCCUUGUGUUUACUAGCCCAAAGCUAUCAACAUGUCUCCGAGCUGGUCAUUCUAUUCGCUGAUGUUGAAAUAACUCUGGAACUACUUGGCGAAUUGGAUAAGUUGGUUCAGCUUAUAGAAUCACCCAUAUUUGCUGCCUUGCGCUUAACGUUAGUGUCAAAGUCGAACAAUUGUGCUGAUGCUCAGUAUUUGGCCCACGCUCUCUUUGGAAUUCUUAUGCUUCUGCCACAAACGGAAGCCUUUGAUACACUUAGAAAUCGCCUGCAAUGUGUGCCCAACUAUUGGGGACAACAGUCCAUUGAUGAACGCAACUCUCUGGAAUACAAGAGCGGCAUUGAUUUUGUAGCACUUCGCACACAUUUUAUCCAGCGACAAAAAGCCCAACGGGAGCAGCGAAUAAUUCAGCGUAAACGUAGUGUGAUUCUGCCGGACAGUAAUUAAUGAAUAUAUUGAAAUAAUCUGCAUUGUAUUUAAGCAUAUAUGUUACAUCUGUGAUUAAGCUGCUUACUAGGCAUAAAGUGUAAUUAUUAAUACAAAUAUAAAUAUGUAUGUGUCUCCGAAAUUUGUACUAAUUCAAUUAUAUGUAUGUUGUGUAAAAAUGACAUUUGACGAUUAUUAA